UCCAUUAUUGGUCCAUCCCUCACGUCGCGUUUUUCCUUGAAACAUCACUUCUUCUUGUCGCUUUUACAGUUGAAUUCUCGUACAAUUUGGGUUUUUUUUCUUCUUCCGUCGUUUCUGUGCAAGUUAAUGGUUGCCCCGAGCUUUGAUUUUGGUCAUCGGAGAUUGCAGCGAUCAAGUGCUUUAGCUCAAUCUUUAGUCUUUACCCCGUCUACUUAAUUUCUACUAGCAACAAAUCAUCGGAAUAGUUUCUUCUAUCUUUCGAAUUAUUUUGUGUUUUGUUUUAGAUUACAUUAGAAUUCAUAGUCUUUGAAGUUAUUUUGGCCAUGGAACCUGCCGUACCUUCGCAACUUGUUGGUUCAGAGAUUCAUGGCUUCAAAACCAUGCAAGAUUUAGAUAUACCCACCAUGUUUGAAGAAGCUAAAACAAGAUGGCUUAGGCCAAAUGAGAUCCAUGCAAUGCUUUGUAACCACAAGCAUUUCAACAUUCAUGUGAAGCCUGUGAAUUUGCCAAAAAGUGGCACUAUUGUCUUAUUUGAUCGUAAGAUGCUACGAAAUUUCCGGAGGGAUGGGCAUAAUUGGAAAAAGAAAAAAGAUGGAAAAACUGUCAAAGAAGCUCAUGAGCACUUGAAAGUUGGUAAUGAUGAAAGGAUUCAUGUGUAUUAUGCACAUGGUGAAGAUCAAUCAACCUUAGUUCGCAGAUGUUACUGGCUUCUUGAUAAGAAAUUGGAACAUAUUGUUCUUGUUCAUUAUCGUGACACCCAGGAGUUACAAAGCUCUCCAACUAUUGAAUCAAAUGCCAGUUCAGACGCACCCGCUUCAUGGACUCUCUCAGAAGAACAUGAUGGGGUUGAUCAGGUUUAUAAUGUUGAGCCUAAUGAGACUAUAAUAAAUCAUAAAAUGACACUUCAUGAACUUAACACGCUUGAAUGGGAUGAUCUUGUGGUCCCAAAUGACUCCGACAACUUAAUCACGCAUGAAGGAGGAAACAUACCAUAUUUUGAUCAAGAUGACCAAUAUGGACUAAAUGGAAUUGUAAAUACUAUGGACCCUGGAUUUAUAAAUUCUAGCAAUGACAUUUUAGACUCCUUGGAGAAGGAUGGAUUGAAAAAUCAAGAUAGUUUUGGAAGAUGGAUGAAUUACAACAUGACUGACACUGAUUCCCCUCUUGUGAUUGAUGAACCAAUUGGUAAAGAAACAGUUAGGAAUCCAAGUAGCCAAUCACAAUCCUUGGAGCAAAUAUUCAAUAUAACUGAAGUCUCCCCUUCAUGGGCUUCGUCUAAAGAAGAAACAAAGGUUUUAGUGGUUGGAGUUUUCCACGAAGAACAUCUCCACUUAUCAAACUCAAAUCUGUUUUGCGUAUGUGGAGACGUAUGUGUCCCAAUCGAAACAGUCCAGCCUGGCGUAUUCCGGUGCUUCAUGCCACCUCACACCCCAGGAGUAGUCAACCUUUUCAUCACUCCCGAUGGUCAAACCCCCAUCAGUCAACUUAUCCCAUUCGAAUACCGGGCCCCACCUACACAACAAAACAUCACAAUCUCUUCACAAGAAAAACCCGAAUGGGAAGAUUUCCAAGUCAAAAUGCGAUUAGCUCAUUUGCUAUUUUCAACAUCAAGAAGCCUCAAUAUCCUAUCGAGUCACGUACCUCCAAAGGUCAUAAAAGAAGCGAAAAUCUUUGCUCAUAAAACGCGAUCGAUUGUUAAGAGUUGGGAUUUGUUGGUGGAUUCGAUUGUAGGGAAAAAGAUAGCGUUUUCGCAAGCGAAGAAUAGUUUAUUUGAGCUGAUUUUACAAAAUAGGUUACUUGAAUGGCUUUUGGAGAGACUAUUAGAGGGGAGUAAGAUUCCGGAACGUGAUGAUGAAGGUCAAGGGGUGAUUCAUUUGUGUGCUGUGUUGGAUUACACCUGGGCUAUUUUUCCGUAUUCGUGGUCGGGUUUAUCGAUUGAUUUUCGUGAUAAACGUGGAUGGACUGCUCUUCAUUGGGCUGCUCAUUAUGGGAAGCAAAGAACUGUGGCAUCUCUUCUAUCAGCAGGGGCGAAUCCAAAUUUAGUAACCGACCCGACUUCAGAAAAUCCGGGCGGAUGCACCCCGGCGGAUCUUGCAUCCAAAAAUGGUUACGAAGGGUUAGCAGCUUUUCUCGCAGAAAAAGCCCUAUUAGCCCAUUUCGAGGCCAUGACAUUAGCCGGAAACGUUAGCGGCUCAUUGCAAAGUACAAUCCCAAAAGACGAUGAUUAUACCGCCGCCGAUGAGCCGGUCACUGAAGAGGAGCAGUAUUUGAAGGAGACCUUGGCGGCGUAUCGGCGGGCGGCUGAUGCUGCCGCCCGGAUACAGGCGGCGUUCAGGGAGCAGUCGUUUAAAUUGAGAUCAAAAGCGGUGGAAUUUGCUAAUACGGAAGAUGAAGCGCGGUGUAUAAUAGCGGCGAUGAGGAUUCAACAUGCGUAUCGGAAACAUGAAACCAGGAAACAGAUGGCGGCUGCUGUACGGAUACAGCAUCGGUUUCGUACUUGGAAAAUACGAAAAGAUUUUCUCAAUAAGCGCCGCCAAGCCAUCAAAAUCCAAGCAUUUUUCCGUGGUUUCCAAGUUAGAAAGCAAUACAAGAAGAUAGUGUGGUCAGUGGGAGUGUUGGAGAAAGCAAUUCUACGUUGGCGACUUAAACGAAAAGGCUUUCGAGGUCUUAAAGUUGCUUCAAAUAAUGAUGACGUGGACAAUAAUGAGAAUGAAGAAAAUAUUGUGGAGGAAAAUUUUUACAAUGCGAGUAGGAAACAAGCUGAAGAACGGGUGGAGAGAUCAAUUAUUCGGGUCCAAGCCAUGUUUCGAUCCAAAAGAGCUCAAGAAGAAUAUAGAAAGAUGAAACAAGCACUUAGCCAAGCAUCGCUGGAGUAUGAUGAGCUUCUUAAUCCAGCUACAAUAAAUAUGGAAAGAUAGAAGGUGUGUGGUCUAUGAGUAUGAUAGGAUUGCGUUUACCACAUAUAUAUAUAUCAUGUAAAUGUGUAGAUUAAGGUAGAUAUUUUCAACUUCGGUUACUAGUUUUAUCUAUUUGUUUAAAUGAAUUUGUAGUUCUAAUUAUCAAUAAAGGGCUUUGUAUUAGUGUAAA